AUGUUGGAAAAGGUUUUACUCCUGCUCUGUUUGUCAUCUGCUUUGGCACAACAGCUAUGUGUGCCAGAUGCCUCAGAUGGCUACAAAGUUCGACUCAGCAUCAAAACUGCUCUGGGAGAUAAAGCUUAUGAUUGGGACGACAAUGAAAUGUUCCUUUUCCGAUCAAUUCUGGCUUUUGCCAUGAGGAGUCACUUCAAAGGGCAGGAAUUUAACGUGUCCAACAUUAUUGUGUGCGAUGUGACUCCCAGAGUGUCCUUCUGGUUUGUGGUGAUGUCACCCGAUAAUCCUUCAGUCCUUAUUGAUAAAGGGGAGGUGGAGCAGGCUGUAAGACAGUCCAGGUUUCGCAUCAACAGUGCCUUUCUGCUGACUGAUCAAACUCUGGAGUUCCUUGGCAUCCCUCCUACCCUGGCAGCACCAUAUGACCCUGCCACCCCUCCAUGGCUCAUUGUGUUUGGCGUAGUCAUCGGUAUUGUGGGUGCUGGCAUCAUCGCUCUGCUUGUGUCCUCUGUGGUCCAAAAGAAACGGAAGAAGAAUGAGAAAACAGAAGAUGACGCUGUUUAUGAAGAGGCACAGGUGAACACGAUGGAAAAUGGCACUCUUCAUGUGAGCCAGAUUGGUGUUUAUAACAUUUCAUUCUCAGACGAUGAGCGGUUGACACAGAUGUAAAAUGCUUCAGUAAAAACUCUUCCAUGUAAGUCAUAAGAGAAAAGGAUUACUAAGCUGCUCCAUGCUGAUUUUUGUUACACUACAAUUUUGAUCUUUUGAGUUUAGCUUUUAACUUAGCUUUUAGCUAAAUUUAAAACGUUAAUGAUUUAAUAGAUCUUCACUUUUUUUUCUUUUGCAGAUGUAAUUUUUCUGAAUGCUUCUUUGAUAACUUGCUGCCUUAAAAAGAUUUUUUUAUGUUAAUACUUUCAUUUUCCAAAAGUAUGUAUUUUGUAUGUGUGGAAGGACAGUAAAUUAAGAGGGAAUAUGUGUAUGACUAUUUUACAGUAUCCUAUCUCUGUGAGCUUCUCUUUGAAAUAUCCGGCUAAUGUUCCGACAAUUUUGACAAAUAUUUUAUUUCAUUCGACGAGUUCAGCAAACAGAUUGAGAUGGAAACUAGCAUGAACGUAGUCCUGUUUGAAACAAUGCUUGAUUAACAGCUAAAUACCGCAAAAUCUGUGUGUAAGAGCUGGGCUAAAGUUGCUUAUUGUAUCUAGCCUGCAAUUUUUUCCAAAAUUAGACAGAUUUUUGAUGUAGUGAAACUUAAUCAAGCUAAAUAAUUGAGCUGACAUCAAAGCACUGUCAAAGCGAUGGCCCAGCGGUGAUGUCUGCUGUGAGGGGAUCCUUUGGCUGUCUGUUUGUUUGCUGUCAUCCUCUUUCUUUUUACAGACUACACAGUCUGACAGUGGAAAACCCCCUGAAGUCUAUGAUGGGAUUAGCCGCAGCCUCUGGCGGGAUUAUAUGCUAAAUUAUAAAAAUGCAAUUAUUGUUUAAUUGAACUGUGGGCGAGCUCAUUAUUGCAGUUGUUGGCAAAAAUAUUUCUGGGCACAUUUAACACGAGUUGUUUUAACAGUGAGCAGACACAUCCUAUUUGCUUGUGCAUGGAUAUUUGUCAUCAUGAAAUAAACUGUACACUAAUAACAUGAAAGUAAUCAGCUUCUCUCACAGUGUAAUGUGUUACUGUGUGUAAUUUUGUAUUGUGUGCUUUUUGGUUCACACUGUUUGAUAUUGUGCUAUUAUAUAUUUAAUUGUGACUGAAGGGACUGCAGAAGAAAAUUAGCCAUGAGCUAACUCUGGUACAGUACAUCAAAUGAUAACAUUUACCUUUAACACUGCACAUCGCCUCUUACAAAUAAAAUAAA